CAGCACUCGCUCUCAGCGCCCCGAGGACGUUUACGGUUUUUAUCCAUCGCUUACAACGAAAAAGUUUUUGCACUUGAAUGGUGGACUCUUCUCCCUCUUCAUCGUCCGACAAUGCCCAGCCCCCUGCAGCACGACGCGCGACGCGCUCCAUUGCCAUUAACGAUGACGACGACGAACCCCCUAGUAGUAGGCCAAACCAAAAUGGGCACCCUCAAAUGACUACCGGUUCCGCAUCCUCCUCCAGUUUUCCUCAAGUCAAGUCUCGGGACACUCUCCAUCCAACCCUAGACGUCAAGCCCAACGACGACGAGGAAAAGGCCACCGUUGUCCGCGAUACCAAGGAUCUCAAUGACGUCUACCACCGUGCUGAGACUGCUACCACUCUCGACGUCAAUACAGAAGCUUUUCCUGUACCUUCGUUUGUUUCCCCAAAACCGUGGUACAAGCGCUUCCAGCUCUCCAAAAAGUCCAAACUCCGCACCCUGUUCACCCCCGCCCAUGACCCUGGCCCACGCCCGACGUACAUGCAGUCUUUCAAGGCUGCCCUCUUCUACAGCUGGCUCAACCUCUUGUUACUCUUCAUCCCCGUCUCCUGGGCCCUGUUUUACACCGAGCAAAGCGCCACCCUCACGUUCGUGUUCUCGUGUCUCGCUAUCAUCCCGCUCGCCGCGCUUCUUGGCCUUGGAACCGAGCAGAUUGCGCUUAGGACCAGUCAGAGCGUCGGAGGACUCUUGAAUGCUACGCUUGGAAAUGUCGUCGAAAUGAUUAUUGGUGCUAUUGCCUUGAGCAAGUGUGAACUGGAGCUUGUGCAGGGUUCCCUUCUUGGUGGUCAAUUGAGUAAUCUUCUCUUGGUUCUUGGGUGUGCUUUCGUUGUUGGUGGAUUCCGCUUCCAGCAUUCCGAGUUUCAGGCUAUGGUCGCGCAGUUGAACUCUUCCCUCUUGAUCGUGUCCGUUAUCUCGUUCUUCAUUCCCACUGCCUUCCAUACCUACCUCGAGAGUCGCUUGGCCGAGGGCACAGAACUACCCUUCCUCCUUCGAGUGAGCCAUGGUAGUGCGGUCAUCCUUCUGAUCUUGUACUUCGCCUACCUGUUCUUCCAGUUCUACUCCCACAACCACCUGUUCGUCGACAUGGACAUUCCUUCGACCUACAGCUCCGAUUCGUCGAAGAGCACUUCCCGCCAGUCAAUCCACAGCGGCCGAGUUGCCACUCGGGGAUCGACGCCCAUGCUAGGCGUCCCCAGCAAUCCAGACAACCUCUUCGCCUCGCGCGUCUCCCUCGCCUCGGCUCUCGAAACCCGGACCAACAGCUCGGACGACUCGCACCACGAAACGCUCAAGCUCAACUUGCCCUCUGCGUUGCUGUUGUUGGGCAGCGUAACGGCGCUCGUUUACCUCACCGCCGAGCACCUCGUCGACUCACUCCAAGGUUUGCUGGACGACAACCCCUCCAUCUCCAAAAAGUGGAUUACCCUCAUCGUCAUUCCUGUCGUCGGCAACGCAGCUGAAUACGCUACCGCCGUCCUGGUCGCUCGUAAAGGAAAAUUCAACCUCUCCAUGAGCGUCGCAGUGGGUAGUUGUAUCCAGAUCGCCUUCUUCGUGAUCCCCAUUUUGGUGAUUGUAUCCUGGGGUUUGGGCAAGCCGUUGACCUUGCUGUUCGACCCCCUCGAGACGUUUGCCCUGUUCUUCUCGGUGCUCGUGGUCAAGUUUACCGUUGAAGAUGGCAAGAGUCAUUGGUUGAAUGGGUUGGCGCUUAUUUCCGUGUAUACCCUAUUCGCGGUCGCGUUCUGGGGAUUCCCUGAUACACCCCGUCUCAUCCAAGGUCAACCCAUUAUCUGUCGUUAG